AUGGCAACCCUUGCCCUUCUCAGUCUUCUUGCACUUUCAUCAUGCACGUCGGCCUCCCAGCUUCAACCACGCUCUAUCACUCCGCCCGAUGGAUGUCCGAUUCCCACGUGGCAAGUCAACAACUUUCAAUGGUACAACGGCUCUCACAGUCUGGAUUGCAUCCACAACCAAGCAGAUAUCAAUGCCAGAGGGUGUCUAUGCGGGCAUGGGUGGUGUGAGCCCGAUCCCGCGACGUGCAAUGGGACUAUGGUCAACGUGUGCUGGACUGGAAUGCCAAGCUAUGAGCCAUGGGGCUAUGGCCCGUUGGAAACACUGGAUAUCGAGUUCGAGGAUGGCCUAACUUGCCACGAUGAAUACAUUGGGUACCGCAUUCAUGACAUGGGCCAUGGUGAGAGUAACUGCGGUUAUGCCGAUCGCGGUGCUGGGCGCAUUGUUGCUUUCUACGGGACCACCAACCUGGAAAGUUCAACGGGGCAUAUGGAUUAUACUCUGGGUCGUGGGCAUGCAAUGAAGUGCGAAAAUGGAAGCAGCAUCACCUACUAUGGCAGCACAGACUUCGAGCUGAGCUGCACCUACGACGACUUCUACAACGCUACAUGUACGGCUCCUGUCUUUGAAAUCCCAGUUCUAAGCUAUCAGUGGGUCCUGUGA